UAAAUUAAUUUUCCUUUGAUUUGUGACUAAUUUUCUGACAAAGUGAUGAGAUAGUAAGAAGUGACCAUGUCACUAGAACGUGAGAGUAUGGGUGUGAUGCCCCCAAUCCCCGUGGGCAGUGGGCCGUUAGACCCUCGUUCACAGCUACUUCAAGAAAUGAGGGACCAGAACUUUGACCUUAUAAGAUUUGCAUCUUAUAGAACAGCUUGCAAACUCCGCUUUGUCCAAAAGAAGUGUAACUUACACGCAAUAGAUAUAUGGAAUGUAAUAGAAGCCUUUCGGGAAAAUGCACUCAAUACUCUAGAACCAACUGCCUGCGUCAAUGUCACCAGAUUGGAGACUCUUGUGUCGUCAUUGUAUCACAACUUGAAUAAAAGAUUACCACCUGCUAAUCAAGUGUCAGUUGAAGCCUGUUCUGCUUUGCUUUUGAAUUGGCUGCUCUCAGCAUACAGUACAGGAGAAAAUGUGGGAAAAAUUAGAGUUUUCUCCAUUAAAGUUGCAUUGGCCACCAUGUGUGCUGGGAAACUUAUGGAUAAACUAAGAUAUAUAUUUUCUCAACUGUCCGAUGGCAACGGGCACUUGUUAAUGAAGAGACUGUCGGACUACCUACGUGAAGUUCUAGCUCUUCCUGCAGCUGUGUAUGAGUCCCCGUCGUUUAGUUACAAUGAUAACUUGGCAAUAUCUAUAUUUAAUCAGAAUGUUAAAAUAACCGUGAACGAUUUCUUAGACACCUUGAUGUCAGAUCCGGGACCGCCAUGUCUCGUUUGGUUGCCUCUAUUACACCGUCUUGCCAGCGUUGAGAAUGUGGUGCACCCGCUGGCGUGCAGCGCGUGCCGGCGCGGCUCGCUGGCGGGCUUCCGCUACCGCUGCACGCGCUGCGCCGCCUACACGCUGUGCCAGGACUGCUUCUGGCGCGGACACGUCACGCCGCCGCACUGCAACGAGCACGAGGUCAAGGAGUACGCCACCUACAAAUCUCCGUCGAAGCAGAUCGGCGCGACGCUCCGCAAGUCGUUCCGCUGCGUGCCCGAGCGAGCGCGCCCGCAGCUGCCGCGCUACCCCGACCAGCCCGAGCGGACCCUCAACCUCAGCCACAUCGUUCCGCCGUCCCCGGUGCCGGCCCACAACGGGUUCCCGGAGUACGCGGGCGGGUACGUCAACACGGGCUCGCUCGACAGCCGCUCCUCCAGGUCCACGCACCGCAGUAUAGCGGAACACCUCUCGCGCGGCGUCGACGAUGAACAUCGCCUCAUAGCGAGAUACGCGGCUAGAUUGGCGCACGAAAACCGCACCAUGCCAAGAGCCGGCAGGUCGGCUUCUCUGACACCAGAAUUGGGCCGUUCAUCAUCAGAGGGUUCAGAAGUGGACGCGGCGAGACAGCAACGCGAGCUGAUAUCGCAGCUCGAGGCCAAGAACCGGGAGAUAAUGAGAGAGAUCGCUCGUUUAAGACGGCAACAAGAAGCAGAAGCGGUCGGCGGCCCGGGCUCCGCCCCGCCCCUCGUGUCGGAGCUGCGGGCGCUCCGCCAGCGCAAGGACGAGCUGGAGGGACACCUGUCCUCGCUGCAGGAAUCCAGGAAGCACCUCAUGCACCAACUGGAAGGUCUUAUGAGGAUGCUUAAGACCCAGCAGUCCAGUCCCAGAUCAACACCGAAUUCGUCUCCGCGAUCGACGAAAAGUCCUCCGCUGCCCGGAUCGCAACCGCAGCCUUCCGCGCCAGAGAGGGAGGUGUCGCGCGGCGCCGUGCGCAGCGCGCCGCAGACGCCGUCGCUGGGGGAGCGCGAGCGCGUCGACAUGACGCACAGCCUCGGUGCGAUGGAAUCAAUGGGAGGAGAUCCUAGAGGUUUUCAUCAGAACCAGCGACCUACUACGAUGGGCAUAGACAACAGAAGUCUACGAAGCGAUCUGCUGUACGCCGCGGAUUCAGUAACGAACGCCAUGUCGACUUUAGUUCGAGAACUUAAUUCGGAGGGUUCAGACACAGAGGAUACAGUCAAAGGAGGGUUGGAGGCUAGGAAGAGACGGGAUUUCGAAGAAGAUGAAGACAGUGAUGAACCAAUGCCACGACCGCAGCUCCCACGGCACUACAUACACGACAACAAUGUUCAGAACUUGCCACCUAGUGUUAUUACGUCAUAAGUAGUGUUUGAGGACAUACCGCCUCCGCUCCCGGCUCGUACGGGUCACUAUUACCCGCGCACAUAGCUCUAAAGUAUACGUAAUUUUAUGAAAAAAUCACAGUAGUUUGUUGUUGAAGCGACCUUGGGUUAUAUACCAAUCAUCUUGUUAAAAAAUUAACUUGGUAUUUCGUAUAGGCUCGUUUUUGAUUUGUAACUGCUAUAAACUUACAUGUUACCCUAAAUCAUAUUGAUCCUUAUUACAGGGGAUUAAAGUUUAAAUUGAAAUGCAUAUACAUAAUACGUAUUCAAUGUCAGGCAGUUUCUUUAGAUAUCGUAGUACAUUUCUUUUUUGUUUUUAUUUGUUGAUAAAAAUUGCGUUGACUUUAAGUAUUCGCAACAUAACAGAUUAUAUAUUAAUAUAAUAAUACGUACAGUUGCACAGACAAUUGUAUCAGAUAUAAUUAUUGACGUAAGGAUUAUUAAUUAUUAUCGAAUUGUAAGGAUUCAUAUUUAAGUCUUGUCUCGUCUGAUUGUAAUUGUAAGAUUAUCUUCAAAAUUAAUAAAUUUUGUAACUUUUGUUGCUGAUUGUACUUUUAUUCGGAAAUAAAAAAAAAAUAUGUAGUCGAAAAUAAACAGACUGAUUAUACAUUAAUGAUUGAUAUAAUUACAAACGGACACAUCACUACAUUGUCAUCACAAUAUUCGUUUAUUUUUUAUAUAAAAUCAGUAAAGAAAUGUAAUAAAUAAGUUCUCAGUUCCGAAAUGUUUUGGCAAGAUAUAAAUUGAAGUUGGCAGUUCUCAUAUACCAAACGUAAAGACUUGGUGUCUUUACUUGUACUUAUUUAAGUAGUAUGUAGUCAUUGUCGUUGAUUUAAAGUAAGUCAUUUUAAACUUCGAAUUUUAACCCUCUCAAUCAAAGAUUAAAAAAAAUAUUUUUUGAUAGUUUAGUUUUAAAUUAAUUUUAAAAUCUUAAAGUACCUUUGGUUGUUUGAGUCUAGUCCUUAGCUUUAUAUUUUUUUUAAAGCUCAAAAUGUCUUUUUUUUAAAUAGGUAAUUCCGUUACCCUUCCCCUUCUGUCUUCCAUUUGUCAAUUCCUUCCAAAAUGUACAAAAAUGUCAAUUGAUACUUCCUUAAACAUCCUUUGCCUAUUUUCACUUUGAAACCAUUUUAAUCUCCCCCAAAACUUGAACGUAUUGCUAAUACGAACAUUAUAUAAUAUGUCUUAUUUGGUUUAAUCAUAGUUUAAAUUUAUUCCCAUUUAAAUUUUAAACAAUUUUUUAGAAUUAAAAAAAAAAAUUUGUAUAUGAAAUUUUAGAAACAAAAACUAUGCUUUAAGGCAGAAUAUUUUUAUUCCAUUUAAUAUUCGUGAUUAAAAACUCUUUCGUUCAAUUUUAUGGGUUAUCAACCUUUCGACCCUUAAGCAUACCGAUGCAUUCCCAUACGGUAGCGAAAUGUUCUCUCGUUCUUUCUUAAACGGUUUGUUUAGUCUUGUCCUUGUCGGCUUAUAAUAUGGCUCGAAUAAUGCGUGCGAAAGCGACGUCGUGACAAUCUUAUUUUAUCAACAAUUUGUUGUAUUGCAGUAAAAAUAUUAUCGAGCAGAUUAUUCUUUAUAAAUAUUAAGACUGAAGACAUUGGUGUACCACCGCGAAUGCCAAAAUUUUUCAAACCAAAAUCGUUUCAUUGAAUUUUUAUUCUGUGGUAGCUUCGUUUCAUAUUACUAUGAAUUAAACUAUGAUAUUUGGUGACCAGGGUUGCCAUUCGUAUUUAUUGAGUAUUUAUAUAAUAUUGACUCGUCAAAGUGCAUGGGACUACGCGUAGGUGUUUAUUUAAUCUUUAAAUUUAUUUGUUUCGAAUUAUUUUAUGCAACCAGAUGAAAAGAAAAAAUUAACAAUUUAUCUCUACGUUAUGUUAAAUCAUGAACUACUUCAUAAAGAUUGUGUCGUUCCUAAAAGCCUCUUGACCAACCAGGUGUAACUUUGAAAUGGCGAAGGAUCUAUCAUUUUAUUCCUUACAAACAAAUAUCAUUAAAAACUACAAUAUAUAAUUUCGCAGAAUUUAUAUUAGACUUUAGUCUAAAUAAAUAUGUUAUUUUUUUAAACACUCCGUUACAAAUUUAUGUUUAUUGUUGUAGUGUAAUAAGUAUCCAAGAAACUUAUUUUUUUCGAAGGCCAGACUUUUAACUGUCAAAUACACGUCAAACGAAUCACAUAAGGCAAGCAUUUGUGUUGAUUGUCUGCACUUGAUUCGCUUAGUGCAGCAUUGCAUUAUUUUUUGACCAAUAAUAAAACAUUAAUUAUUAAUUAAAUAUAUUAUAGUAAAUUGGUUCAUGGGAGAACUUUAUGAUUAUACAUCACUUUUAAAUGGCAACCCUUGCGAUGUUGUAUCUUACUUUAAUGAUAUAAACGUCCAAGAAUGAAUGAAUUUUUAAAAUACGUAUCGGAACAUAAUUUGUUGUAAUAAUAUCAUAAUAAUAAGUAAUUUAGUUUUAAGAUGUGUUUUCUUUGAUAUUUUUGUUUGUGUUGUUUGAUUCAUAAUAUUGUGUUUUUAUGUAUCAUAAGCGCUGUACUUAUUUUUUCUUUAUUUGGUACGUUUUCUUUCAAAUUUGGUAUCGUACUUAAGGUUUAAAAUUAUACGAUCUACUUGGUUUAUCUGUAAAUUUAUAUUAAAAAUUAAAAAAUUAUAAUCUUUCAUAGUCUGAUAAAUAUUUUACAUAAGACUAUUAACAUGAAAGACGAUUUAAAAGACAAUGUUCUAAGACUACUGUCAAGAAGGUCUUAGUUUAAAAAAAUACAUUAAAUAUUCACUAUUAUCAUAAUCUUAGUGCAUUUUAGUUUAAUAUGUACAAAAUGUAAAAAAAAAAAACUUAUAUCGUGAAGGCAAAUGGCCUCACGCUCUCUUAUGAAGUCAUGCAUUUAUAUCUUUUUGUUUUCUCGAAUUAUAACGUCUUUCAAAAAACCUACUAAUCUACGUCGAUAUUUCCAAUACUUCUUUACAAUUUGUACGUAUAAAUACGAAAUGCACUAAUAAACGUAGGCUAGGUUUUGGCAUAUCAUUUAUUUUAUAGAUAAUUAAGUGCAAUAAAUAUAGGGCGUGAGGUAUAUCUUGCCGGAUAUGUGAUGGAUUCUACCGUAGUUAUAAUUUAUUUCGAUAGCUAGAGAUUUCGAGAAUGUCAUUUAGUAUAACCCAAAGUAUAUAGCGAUGGUAUUUUUAUAUGACGUGGUGGAUUCGAUAAAAGCGUUCUUUAUGAUUUCCGCAGUGAAGCAAUAUCGAUCACAAGAUUUGUAAAGCUGUGGCAACACCUGUGUUUGUUUUUAAAGCAUGUACGGCUAUCUCAUUUGACUACAAGUUAGGUCAUAGUGUAUUAACGACAUUGCAUCACUCGUAUAUAAAUAUUCAAAUAAUUAUAUCUAAAAAAAUCUUACAUGUCAUAUAUUAAAAACUAUUAUUAGUUCGUAAGGUCUGUACUUAUUACUAUUAUAUUUCAAGAAAAAAUUAAACAUUAGAUUUUAUAAAGUAUCCCGAACCCCUCCCCUUCUCCCCUCUCACAGGUGAAAUAUUAAACUAUCUAAUCUAUAUUUUAAAUCCAUACUAUAUGUAAUACUAAAAGUACAUAGUAUUUUAUACCAUAAUAGAUUUCAUAUAAAACGUAGAGUAGUUAUAUGUGUAAUGUUAACUAUAUGUAAUUAAGUAGGAAGCACAAAGUGAAAACUUCGUUUCUGUAUUGUGUCGUUUAUAUAAAAAUACGAUUUUUUAUGUGUUGUCUAUUAGGUCACGUCAUGUAAUAUCUAUGUAUGUAUUAACCGAAUAUUUUAUGCAAUGUUUUUGUAUUUGUGUAAAAAAAACGCUUCGGACUGAGGCUGAAGAAAGGUGGUCUUGCUUUGUGCUUUUACAUGACAGCUGUCAGGUGUCAACUGUCAGCUGUCAGGCCUAUUUUUUUUUUGUUUUAUUUGAUUCCAUUCGGCCAAGGCGAAACGUUUCAUUCCUAGCUUGAGGGCGUUGUAAGGUUGUGAUAUCAACGAAAGGGUUGAGUAGAUGAUUCCAGAUAUAUUAUUUAUUGAUAGAGGAGAUAUUUUAAUUGAAUUACCCGAGGCAAAGUGAGACUGUCUUUCAAGACGAGGCUUGUAACCAACAUCUAUGAUAUUGUAAGGACUGUCGUUGCAAUUGUAAACAUUCCAAUGCUUGUGA